AUCAUUGAUUUUGAAUACAAUCACAUCAAGUAAAUAUAUAAUGUUAGAUCCAAAAUGUUUUUAACCAAAUUUUUUGUAAGCUUUAUUUUAUUAUCGCUAUUUGGCAACAAUAAUAUUUCUGGGCAAUGGAACAGUGCAAGCACCGACAAUCGAGUAGACGGUAAGGCAUACGACAACAACGACGUUGACAAUGGAACGGAUAUGCUUUUAGUGAACCUGCUACCCUUGAAGUCCUUGUCGGACUACAGGACAUUAGAUCGUAGGCAAGGCAAGCGAAAUGCCACCGUGGAAGAUGAGUUUGAAUUUCUCAUCAGUGGUGGAUAUAGGCCAAAAACAAAUACUCUGGUUCAAUUCAUUGUAUCUUUGCGCACUUCACAAGGCGAGCAUUUCUGCGCUGGUUCAAUUAUCUCCAAAAAUGUAAUACUAACAGCGGGCCACUGUCUGUCUAUGCCAACACAGAAAAUAUUUACACCCCAAGAAUUAAUAGUUGUGGCUGGAACUUCACGUCGUCUUUUGAAAUCUGCAAAUACUCAAACAUUGUCUGUGCAGAAGGUUAUACCGCAUCCAAAAUUCGAUUUAACUACACUUGAAAAUGAUAUUGGUAUUUUGAAGCUAAAGGAUGACAUAAUAGUUAAUGAGGGAUUUGUAAACAUUAUAUCGAUGGCAGAUUCUGAACGAAAUAUUGGCACAAAAUGUAAUAUUAUUGGAUGGGGUAAAAUUACAGCGCAUGGUCCUAUGCCCGAUGAAGUUCUUACUGCCGAUAUGACUAUUAGAGAUGAAUCGGAAUGCACUUAUGAAGGAGGUCCUAUCCCGAAAACUGAUAUUUGCGCCGAAAAUGAAAAUGAUUUUGAGAUUAGUGCCUGCAGUGGUGACUCUGGUGGACCACUGUUUUGUAAUAACAAACUUGUAGGCAUUGCCUCAGCUGUAACGAGCUGCGGUCAAACCAAAACGCCUACCGUGUUCACAGAUGUGUAUAAGUAUCGCAAAUGGAUUGCAGAGAAUGCGGCGGCUUCGUUCCGCCGAUCCAGUUCGAUGGUAACCAUCGAUAAGCUAAUGCUGUUGCUUUUAGCAAUUAUUAAGCUAGCAAUAACACUUUAAAAAUGAGGUAAAAGGA